GGCGGAGCGCCGCGUCUUUUCCUUUUCCAGGAAGGGAGGCAACCUCCAUCAGAGGAGUAAUGGAAAACGAUAAGCCAAUAACAACAAUGUGCGCAGUGAUAGCCAUGGAUCACACCAGUUUCUGCUACAGAGUUUGUUCAAUCUGUGAGAGGACACUCCCUAGUAACCCUCCUUUUUCUCUAUGCAAAUUCUGCAACUUCAACGCUUUCAAUCCCGGUUCCUCCUCCUCCAAGCGUGUCUUUCGUAUACUUAUGUCAAUUGCUACGGAUAAGAAAGUACAAACUGUUAUAUGCUUUGAUAGGGUUGCUAGGGUUCUGUUUGGUUGCUCUGCUGAUGAGUUUUUCGACUUUGCUAAGCUACAUCCCUUUGCUGCUGAAGCUGUAAGUGAAAUUCUGGAGGGAGAGAUGUUUAGAAUGACGAUCUCUAAACCAAAGAAUGGCAAUGCACAACACUCGAGAGUUGUGCAACUUGUUCCUCUGAGUUCAGGUUUUCAACCAGCAAUUCUGAGAUUGAGGGAAUUGUAUGGGCUAACCAAGGUAUCAUCUGCUGUUGGUAAUGGACAAAACAUGCAUAGCUCCAAGAAGCAAAAGAGAUGUGAUGUGGGCACCUCAAAAACUACCUAAUCCUAUCCCUUUCUUCAACUGUUUGUAUUUUUGCUAUCAUUUAGACUUUGUUAUUUGAUAUGAUUUUUUGUGCAGUGGAGAGGAUUUUAACUAGAAAGGAAGAAUGAAGUAGAUUCUAUUUCUUUCCUUUGGGACAUGACACAUGACAAGAUAGCUUUCUUGGGAAUGGAACAGUUGGAUCGUUGUUCAAUAGUAGCCGGGAUAAGCAGGCACUAACUUCUGUAUAGCGCCCUAUAAGUACGACUUGCCUUGCAACAUACCUGCUGAACAAGGCUAUAAAAGGCAACUCCGGUAAGUAUAUAUCAAUCACCACUAAGUUUUACUCAUGUUUGAUGCAAGUUUAGGUUCGAAACACUAGCAUUAUGAGAAGAAAGCAGUGUUCGAGUUAUAGUUUUGAUGGAUGCAUAUCUCGUUCAAGAUAUAGGCAUUUAGAUGGAUGGGGAUUGAAAACGUCAUUGAAUUUCAAAUUUUUGGGCAAAUUAAAGAUGAAAUGAGCUGAAAAGACGUCAUAAAAUGGAAAGGAAACCUGACAAGUUAUUAAAAAA